AUGGGAACUUUCAGCCUCCCAUUCUCGAUAAGCAACGCUGAUGGGACGGGUUCGUUGACUCUGGAAGGGAUGGUAGACACGGGGUCACUCUACUCAGUCGUGCCAGGGUCAAUCUUGGACGAAUUGGGCAUAGCCCGCGACGAAGAGGAAACUUUCAGCUUGGCCGACGGCUCCCUGGUGGAGAUGGACAUAGGAUUGGCCUUGAUGACAUUGGAAGGCCGAUCCAGGACCGUUCAUGUGGCUUUUGGCACCGACGACGAGAUAAUUCUGAUCGGUGCAAUGACCUUGGAGCGUUUCGGGGCCGCGGCAGACCCGGUGAAUCAACGAUUGGUGCCAGCCAGGAUAACUCUGUGA